GUUGACUGCUGGCGUGUGAAGGGAGAGAAAGGGAGCGAGGAGGAGGAGGAGGAGGAAGCAGCGGAGGGGGGGAAAAAGUUCAAGCAAAAAAAUGGCUUCCUUGUCUUUGGAGCCCACAGAACAAUCCGACAAUAGCGCGGAGGAGCCGACGGCCUCGGAGUCCGCGGAAGAGGAAAAAUACGCGGAUCGAGUGACGGAGCAACUGUUGGAAAGUUUCCAAAAGUCCGCGGUGACUUUUUCCACAGACCAGGUGUCCUGCCUGUGCGAGGCCCUCCUGCAGGCGGGCAAUGUGGAGCGACUGUGGAGAUUCCUCGCCACCGUCCAUCCCUCGUCCGAGCUGCUACGUGGCAACGAGACGCUGCUCAAGGCCCAGGCCCUGGUGGCCUUCCACCGGGGACAAUUCAAGGAGCUCUACGGCCUCCUGGAGAGCCACGACUUCCACCCCUCCAACCACCUCUUCCUGCAGGACCUCUACCUGAAAGCCCGCUACAAGGAGGCGGAGAGGUCCCGGGGCCGCAGCCUGGGCGCCGUGGACAAGUACCGACUCAGGAAGAAGUUCCCCCUGCCCAAGACCAUCUGGGACGGGGAGGAGACGGUGUACUGCUUUAAGGAGAAGUCCCGCAACGCCUUGAAGGAAUGUUACAAGAGCAACAGGUACCCGACCCCGGACGAGAAGAAGAACUUGGCCAAAGUCACCGGACUGUCCCUCACGCAGGUCAGCAACUGGUUCAAGAACCGGAGGCAGAGGGACAGAACCCCGCCUGGGACACACUGCAAGAGCGAAUCCGACGGAAACCACAGCACAGACGACGAGGCCAUGGACGACACCCCUGACAAAGCAGAAGAGCACGCUGCCGCCAAGACCUCCAUUAUCUCGCUAUCCGCGGUGAACUGCGCCCCGGGAGGUCAACUCAUCCUCAACGGUUCCAGCGGCUUCCUCACAGCCUCCCAACCGUUAUUGUUCAACGGAAACUCCCUCAUCUCUGGGACCGGUGCCGGGGUCAUCAUCAAUGGCCUGGGCCUGGGGGACAGCCAGAAGGUCACCUUGGGUCAGGUGACCAACCCUCCUUUGAUACUCAACGGAGCUCAGGUUCUGGUCAAACCGGACUCUACGCCGCAAGUUUCCUUGGAACAACCAGUUUCCCCUCUGGAGACAAAGUCAAACUGUCUUCCGUCCGUGGUCUUCAGCACUAACAGUCAGACGUCCGUCAUUUCUAUUCCUGCGCAAGCCAAGAGCAAAAGUAGCAACACUUUGGAUUUCAUCAGCGGGCCGGAGGACAUCAUAAAAGUAGAAAACAGCCAGAAAAUGUCUUGCUCUUCUUUGUCCUUGUCUCCGUCCUCACAGAGCCUGUCGCCAACAAGCAGCCUCCCUUCUCUGGUUUUAACACAAAGCCCUCCGUGCCAGGAGAGCCAGUCCUCAUCAGCAGCUUUGACCAUCCCAAGUCAACAUGGAGAAUAUGUGGUCUUUGCCAGCGCUGCCUCUCAAAUAAACCCAACAAGUACGCUGGUUACCUCCAACCAAUCCCCUCAGGUCCUCUCCUUGCCACAGGUGGUGCCUUCCAUCCAAGGCGUACCAGUCUCCCAGCUGGCACACGUGUCCCAAUGUCCCCAGCUGGUUCCAGUGUCCUCGCUAACGCCACAGAGCGCCAACUUCCAUAUGAGCGGACACCAGGAGGCGGUGGAAGGUUCCACGGCCAUCAUGUCCAUCUCCCAGCUUCCCGGUAAUCCUCUCCCACAAACCAUCAACCCCUCGCCCGCAAAGCUCCAAGCGCCACAGGUCAUUUCCAUCUCCCCGCCAACACAAGUGGUUCCAGUACCGCAGGCCAAAGUCUCCACAGCGGCGCAGUUAGUCCCGCUCUCCAUGCCUCAGUUGGUGCCGGUCUCCUCCAUUCAGACCUCCUCCACCAUCUCCUUCCCCCAGGUGGUGCCGGCGAGUCCAGCUCUCUCCGUCCCCUCAGCCGGAGUGCCUUUACAGAUCCUGGCUUCGGCCUCGGCACCAGGUGGGAUCAAUCAAGGUCCGUUUCGGAUAAACCAACUGAGGCCCAUUCAGAAUGUGGGCCCUGCAACCAGUGUGGCCCCCGGAUUGCAGCUUCUCAACUCUGGAAUCAUUCAGCUACCUUCUGCAUCUCAAGGUAACCUCCUCCUGGGUGGAAGCCCCUACUUGAGCGUCCAGCAAGGCAAACUCAUCUUAACCAUCCCGGCCGGCUUCCAGCUCACCAGUCUGCCUCUGAAACCAGUUCCUGAUGUUUCCACCAAUGGCGUGAGUCCUGCUCUCACACUUCCCGUCGCCCCCCAGCCGGAGCAGCCCGCCAGCGUCCUCACGACGCCCCCCAUGAACUUCAUCAACACGUACGCGGCGGAGAGCGGGGGCGCCACCGACCAGGCGACCGUGGUUCCUCAACCCAACACGCUGGUGGACCAGCCGGUGGCCCCCGCCAUGUUGAACGCGCUCUCGCCGGAGAGCAUGCUCACCCUCAGUCCCAUGUAUGGCGGCCUGACGCCCAACAUGCACCUGCACCAGUCGGCCUGGAACCCCCUGCCCCUUUCUGCCUCAGCGACUCUGUUUGACGGGCGGGGGAAAGGACACCUACCUGUAGACCCGGCGUUGCUGGGCCUCCCGGGGGGCGAGUCGCUGCUGCUGGGGAGCCCCUCGCCAGAGCGGGACGCCCACUCGCCGCUGGGGCAUCCCGACGAUAUGGACGGAGACUCCAAGAUCCUGACUCAGCUCCAGUCGGUCCCCGUAGAUGACGAGCUGGGCUUGUAGGUUUGUUUACCCCCAAAGUCAUAUGCAGUACGCUGCCUGUGGACUCGUGCUCCGGACCACCGUCACAGCCUCCGCUGGCACUUAGGAGCUGCAGCUUUGAUUCACACACAUCAAAUGUUACACACUAGCUAACUCAAAUAUUUUAUACAGGGACAAUACCAUUGAUAUACUUUAAAGUAGUCAGUGUACAUAUUUCAUAGAAGUACAGAAAUCUAUCCCGCUUGUAUAGCAAGUAUACAGUCGUGGUCAAAAGUUUACAUACACUUGUAAAGAACAUAAUGUCAUGGGUGUCUUGAGUUUCCAAUCAUUUCUACAACACUUAUUUUAGGUGAAGUGAAUUAUAUUUAUAUAGCGCUUUUCUCAAGUGACUCAAAGCGCUUUACAUAGUGACACCCAAUAUCUAAGUUACAUUUAAAGCAGUGUGGGUGGCACUGGGAGCAGGUGGGUAAAGUCUCUUGCCCAAGGACACAACGGCAGUAAAUCGAACCUGCAACCCUGCCUGGCACGGCCACUCUACCAACCGAGCUAUGCCGCCCCACAAUUUUAUUGUGGGGCAAUUUUAUUGUGAUAGAGUGAUUGUAGCACAUACUUGUUGGUCACAAAAAACAUUCAUGAAGUUUGCUUCUUUUAUGAAUUUAUUAUGUCUCUAUUGAAAACGUGAGCAAAUAUGCUGGAUCAAAAGUAUACACACAGCAAUGUUAAUAUUUGCUUACAUGUCCCUUGGCAAGUUUCACUGCAAUAAGGCGCUUUUGGUAACCAUCCACAAGCUUAUGUUUGAAUUUUUGACCACAAAAUUGGUGCAGUUCUGAUACAUUUGUUAAUUUUCUGACAUGGACUUGUUUCUUCAGCAUUGUCCACACAUUUGAGUCAGGACUUUGGGAAGGCCAUUCUAAAACCUUCAUUCUAGCCUGAUUUAGCCAUUCCUUUACCUCUUUUGAAGUGUGUUUGGGGUCAAUUUUUGUUUCAUCUGACCACAGAACUUUCCUCCAGAAGGUCUUAUCUUUGUCCACGUGAUGUCAGAUGAAACAAAAAGUGAGCUGUUUGGCCACAAUACCCAGAAAUAUGAAUGGAGGAGAAAAGGUGAGGCCUUAGGGGCGGCAUGGCGUAGUGGGUAGAGCGGCCGUGCCAGAAACCUGAGGGCUGCAGGUUCGCUUCCCACCUAUUGACAUCCAAAUCACUGCCUUGGGCAGGACACUUCACACUUUGCCCCCCGUGCCGCUCACACUGGUGAAUGAAUGAUGAAUGAAUGAUUGGUGGUGGUCAGAGGGGCCGUAGGCGCAAACUGGCAGCCACGCUUCCGUCAGUCUACCCCAGGGCAGCUGUGGCUACAGAGGUAGCUUACCACCACCAGGUGUGAAUGAAUGAUGGGUUCCAGCUUCUCUGUGAGCGCUUUGAGUAUCCAACAAUAGAAAAGCGCAAUAUAAAUCUAAUCCAUUAUUAUUAUUGUUAUUGCCUUUAAUCACAGGAACACCAUUUCUACUGUCGAGCACGGUGGUGGUAGUAUUAUGAUUUGUGCCUGUUUGGCUGCCAAUGAAACUGGUGCUUUACAGAGAGUAAAUGGGACAAUGAAAAAGGAGGGUUAGGUCCAAAUUGUUCAGGACAAGCUCAAAUCAUCAGCCUGGAGGUUGGGUCUUGGGCACAGUUGGGUGUUCCAACAGGACAAUGACCCCUAACACACCUCAAAAGUGGUAAAGGAAUGGCUAAAUCAGGCUAGAAUGAAGGUUUUAGAAUGGCCUUCCCAAAGUCCUGACUUAAACGUGUGGACAAUGCUGGAGAAACAAGUCCAUGUCAGAAAAGCAACACAUUUAGCUGAACUGCACCAAUUUUGUCAAGAGGAGUGGUCAAAAAUUGUGGAUGGCUACCAAAAGUACCUUAUUGGAGUGAAACUUGCCAAGAGACAUUUAAGCAUAUAUUAACAUUGCUGUACGUAUACUUUUGACCCAGGACAAGUGCUUACAUUUUCAGUACUCAUAAUAAAAUCACAAAAGUGCUCCAAUCACUCUAUCACACAAAAAUAAGAGUUGUAGAAAUGAUUGGAAACUCAAGACAGCCAUGACAUUAUGUUCUUUACAAGUGUAUGUUAACUUUUGACCACAACGGUACGUGCAACCUUUCUUCAGAGUAGUCAGUGUACAGUACAGCUUGUAUAGCAGUAUAAAAGUAUAUAUAUACAAGCUUAGCAAAAGCUGUACACUGACUACUCUGAAGUAAGGUGGCAUACCACGAUGCAAAUUGGUUGGUAAUAUUGUGAUUAUGCAUGGUGACGGCACAUUCUGGCUAUGCUCCACAAAUUUGACACAAGAACCUCGAGGCAGCGGCUAACGUCCCUCUACAGUGCAAAGCCACUUUUAAGGCGGCAGAUAAUCUACCAUUAUCACUGGAGGAUGAGGAAUGCGACACUACACAUUUUAGGCGGGAAUGCUAGCAGCAAGCAAGAGCUCUUGAAUGUAAACAGAGGUGGGCAGAUCAAUACCAAUAGUGUCAGUGUAUGGUCGAUACUACAGUGGCUGGAUUGAUAUUUAAAAAAAAAAUAAUAAUAAUUUUGUUAUGGUUUACGAACUCAGGAACUCUUGACACACUUUAAGGCCAAAAACCAAACGAUUUUAAAUAAGUAGGAAAUAUUUUUAAGAUUUAAUUGAUAUUGCUACACGACCCUAGCAUAUUUUUGUCUGCAUGUCGAGUAUCAGCACCAAUACAGCCUCUGUAACUACUUGGUAUUGGAUCGAUACUUAAAUUGAUGUCAUCGUCCAAAACUAAUAUAAAGUAUCCAAACCAAAGAAGAAUAAGUGCCUAUUACAUUUGAAGAGAAGUAUAUAUAAACAUAGUAGAUAUUAGCAGUCAGAUAGCGAGUAGAUGAAUAAUAGUUUAAACAGCACCCAAAUAACACAUACCAAAUACUACGCAGUAUCAUGACAUACAUCUGUAUCGCAGCAGGUGGUGAUAUACAGUACAGGCCAAAUUUUGGGACACACCUUCUCCUCAUUCAAUCUUUAUUUUCAUGACUAUUUACAUUGUGGAUUGUCACAUCCAAACUAUGAAUGAACACAUGUGGAGUUAUGUACUUAACAAAAAGAAGGUGACGUAACUGAAAACAUGUUUUAUACUGUAGUUUCUUCAAAAUAGCCACCCUCUAACCACUAGGCCACCUACUCAGUAGCCUAGUGGUUAGAGUGACCGCCCUGAAAUGGGUAGGUUGUGAGUUCAAACCCCGGCAGAGUCAUACCAAAGACUACAAACAUGGGAGCCAUUGCAUCCCUGCUUGGCACUCAGCAUCACGGAGUGGAAUUGGGGGUUAUUUGGGGCCACCACUGCUGCUCACUGCUCCCCUCACCUCCCAGGGGUAUGGGUCAAAUGCAGAGGACACAUUUCACCACACCUAGUGUGUGUGUGUGUGUGUGUGUGACUAUUAUUGCUACUUUAACUUUGCUCUGAUUACUGCUUUGCACACUCUUGGCAUUCUCUCCACGAGCUUCAAGAGGUAGUCACCUGAAAUGGUUCUCACUUCCUUGAAGCUCAAGGAGAGAAUGCCAAGAGUGUGCAAAGCAGUAAUCAAAGCAAAGGGUGGCUAUUUUGAAGAAACUAAAAUAUAAAACAUGUUUUCAGUUAUAUCACCUUUUUUUUGUUAAGUACAUAACCCCACGUGUGUUCAUUCAUAGUCAUGAAAAUAAAGAAAAUGAAUGAAUGAGGAGAAGGUGUGUCCAGAAUAGAUGUUAUAUCUGUCGUGUUGUCUCUUGAGAAGAUACUGUAAUGCAGGGGUGUCCAAACUUUUUCCACUGCGGGCCGCACACUGAAAAAUCAGAGCAAGCGGGGACCAUUUUCAUAAUUUGUAUUUUAAAAACCAAUACAAUAUGUGUAAAAAAAAUAUACAUUCAGGCCUCCACUCAGUUAUGAUCCCAGGGACCCCAAAGGUUUUGGUCCCAAAAAAUAUUAAAAAUGUGUCAUUAUUCGGUAUUAUAAUUUUUGUUAUUAUGCAAGUUUUAAAUCUCUAGAUCAACAUUAGAAAAAAGAUUGGAAAAAACACAAAAUAUGCAAUAUUUUCACCUAACAACUUUUUUAGGUGGAAUAUUUGAGAUUGUAUAAUAAUUGGAGCCUUAAUUUUGGAUUUUGAUUCAUUAUUAUUAUUUGAGCAAUGACACUUAGAAACAAAUCACACUAAAAUAAUUGGGGAUCCAAAAGUGUCCUACUUAUUAAAGUGUUCAAAAAUAAAUUAUAAAUUUUUUUACUGUUUACUUUUAGCACAAUAAUCUUGAGAUCAACUUCAGAUAUAUCCGUCAAUUUUAAGUGUUAUUGUUUGUUUUGUUUGUUUGUUUUAGGCCCUUCUUUAAAAAAAACAGCUCAGUUUUUUUAUAUGGCAAAACACAAAAUAUGCAACAUUUUCCCCAAAAAUUAUCUCAAAAUUUUUAAUGUGAUGUAAUUGAAGCCUUGAAUAGGUCAAUAAUUCAAAAUGACAUUGAUUUUGAUUCAUUAUUAUUUUUUAAAGAAAGAAACAGCCUGCAUGGCAGCUUUGGGUUAUUAGAGUAAGGAUUGCAACAAUUUCUUGUUUCAUUUCACCCGUUUGCUCUUUUAUACCACUUAUGUUUUGAAUUUUUUUCAAUUGUAUUCUUAAAAUGUGCCGUGGGGCUGUUAAAAAAAUGACCCGCGGGCCGCACUUUGGACACCCCUGCUGUAAUGCAAAGGGACGGUGGUCUCACUUUUGUACGAUAUUGUGCAAGGAUCUGUGAGCUGGCGCAGACAAUGACUUGCACAAAAGGAUGUGUGAAGUACAUUAGUAGUUAGUCUGGGAUCCACCACAGGAACUAUUCUUCAGAGCAUCUGGGAAAGGCACAGGUCUUCAAUUAGCUGACUUGCCAUGUUUGUUUUGUAAGAUGUUCCACUACCAGGGAGUGGGGGGGAGUCACACUUUUUACACACGCUCCUUUUAUACAAACGACAACAGAAGUGUGACGGCGCCUGCGUGAAAGCGCAAGCCUCGUUUUGCUGUUGUGUCGAACGCGAUUAACGGAGAUGUAUUUUGCACGCCUCACCGAACACUAUCACGGGUGUGUUUACAUCCCAUGGUGCAUGAAAUGGGAGAAAUACGGGCUCUAUCCUGCAAAAUAGCAAUAGUUAGCAGCUCUUGCCUUUUACACAGAAAACCAUCUCACAAUCAAAGCGUGGCGUGUAAAAUAGUUGUCGGACAGCAACACAACUGCCUCCCCUUUGACGCAAACACGAGCCCGCCUCUAAUGCUACCUCGAAAAAGGUGGAGUAUUGCCGUCCAGCCGUUCUCCAAAAGCAGCGUAAAAGCUGAUAUUCAUGUCAAACACUACGUUUUUCAAAUCUGGGGCAUUCUACAAACCUUGUUUCCAUAUGAGUUGGGAAAUUGUGUUAGAUGUAAAUAUAAACAGAAUACAAUGAUUUGCAAAUCCUUUUCAACCCAUAUUCAGUUGAAUAUGCUACAAAGACAACAUAUUUGAUGUUCAAACUGAUAAACUUAAUUUUUUUUGUCGCAAAUAAUAAUUAACUUAGAAUUUCAUGGCUGCAACAGGUGCCAAAGUGGUUGGGAAAGGGCAUGUUCACCACUGUGUUACAUCACCUUUUCUUUUAACAACACUCAAACGUUUGGGAACUGAGGAAACUAAUUGUUGAAGCUUUGAAAGUGGAAUUCUUUCCCAUCCUUGUUUUAUGUAGAGCUUCAGUCCUUCAACAGUCCGGGGUCUCCGCUGUGGUAUUUUACGAUUCAUAAUGCGCCACACAUUUUCCAUGGGAGACAGGUCUGGACUGCAGGCGGGCCAGGAAAGUACCCGCACUCUUUUUUUUACGGAGACAUGCUGUUGUAACACGUGCUGAAUGUGGCUUGGCAUUGUCUUGCUGAAAUAAGCAGGGGUGUCCAUGAAAAAGACGGCGCUUAGAUGGCAGCAUAUGUUGUUCCAAAACCUGUAUGUACCGUUCACCAUUAAUGGUGCCUUCACAGAUGUGUAAGUUACCCAUGCCUUGGGCACUAAUGCACCCCCAUACCAUCACACAUGCUGGCUUUUGAACUUUGCGUCCAUAACAGUCUGGAUGAUUCGUUUCCCCUUUGGUCCAGAUGACACGAUGUUGAAUAUUUCCAAAAAUAAUUUGAAAUGUGGACUCGUCAGACCACAGAACACUUUUCCACUUUGCAUCAAUCCAUCUUAGAUGAUCUCGGGCCCAGAGAAGCCGGCGGCGUUUCUGGAUGUUGUUGAUGAAUGUAUUUUGCUUUGCAUGGUAGAGCUUUAAUUUGCACUUACAGAUGUAAUGACCAACUGUAUUUAGCGACAGUGGUUUUCUGAAGUGUUCCUGAGCCCAUGUGGUGAUAUCCUUUAGAGAUUGAAGUCGGAUUUUGAUACAGUGCCGUCUAAGGGUUUAAAGGUCAUGGUCAUUCAAUGUUGGUUUCCGGCCAUGCCGCUUACGUGGAGUGAUUUCUCCAGAUUCUCUGAACUUUUUGAUGAUAUUAUGGACUGUAGAUUAUGAAAUCCCUAAAUUUCUUGGAAUUGCACUUUGAGAAAGGUUGUUCUUAAACUGUUUUGACUAUUUGCUCACACAGUUGUGGACAAAGGGGUGUACCUCGCCCCAUCCUUUCUUGUGAAAGACUGAGCAUUUUUUGGGAAGAUGUUUUUAUACCCAAUCAUGGCACCCACCUGUUCCCAAUUAGCCUGCACACCUGUGGGACGUUCCAAAUAAGUGUUUGAUGAGCAUUCCUCAACUUUAUCAGUAUGUAUUGCCACCUUUCCCAACUUCUUUAUCACGUGUUGCUGGCAUCGAAUUCUAAAGUUAAUGAUUAUUUGCAAAAAAAAUAGCAUUUAUGAGUUUGAACAUCAAAUAUGUUGUCUUUGUAGCAUAUUAAACUGAAUAUGGGUUGAAAAGGAUUUGCAAAUCAUUGUAUUCUGUUUAUAUUUACAUCUAACACAAUUUCCCAACUCAUAUGGAAACGGGGUUUGUAGUUAAAAAAGCCCAGUUGCAUUCCCGUUUUUUUCACCUAUGCAAUGUUUUUGAAGUGGCUCAAGUUCCAAACACUCAUGAAAGCUUUCCAGCUUGACCUAAAGAAGGUGCGUGACACUCAAGCCUUUGCUGAGACUCCUUAUGGGGAUGUGGGGUCUCAGCUCAGUGUGUCAAUAUUGUUAAGUGCCUUAUAUUAAAGCUUAUAUUGUUUUGUCUGCAAUCCAAAUGGACUCUUUUGGUUGCAUUGUUUUGUGUUUGUAUAUUUUGCACAUUUUAUUCCAUUUCAUUACAAUGUUGAUGCUGUCUUUGACCGUGGAAGGACUCGUGACCUCCUUGUUUUCUUCAUUUAAACCUCUAUUAAAAAACGACCGCAUGCUUCCAUUUAGAUUUGGUCAUGUGACCUUCCACCGUCGGCAGUGGAUCUUUGUAGCCAUUUACGGUACACAAAAGCCCAUUUUGUUACACUAAUGAAUGGCUUUUUGUGUUUUUAUUAGUGCAUAUGUUUGUACAUUUAUUCCAAAAAUGCAUGUAUCCGUCAGUGUUUAUGUGAAAGGAACGCAGAUAGGAAAUGAUAUUCAUUUUCCUUUUUUUUUUUUAAACUGUCAAGUUAAUGUUAAUGGCGAUUACCUUUUAAAGCGGUCACCCCAUUUUCAUCACGCAGAAUUGCGUCGACAAUCAUGUAUUAAAAGAAUUGUACUGCGCAUUUAUAGGACGGAUGGGAUAAAGGGAAAUAUGCUCGCGUGGGUCUGGUGUUAUGAGCCAUUUAUUACCGAAUUUCUUUGCUGAUACUCCUGCCUGUGGGGGCUAAUGCACAUUUGUCAUCUGGGAGUUUUCACACAGGCCGGACUCCUGAUUUCACCAAAGAUAAUGCAUUACUAUUUGAUAGUGUUGAAAAGGGAUCACUUGUUUUCUUCUGGUUUUAUUGUAUUAAAUGCAUUCUAUUUUUUAUAUUACUGGAUGAUGUAAUAAAGUACAUUUAUAUGAUCUACA